AUGGCCACCGUCGCCGCGCUCUUCGUCCACUCCGACGUCGACAUCGCCCUCCUCUGGUCGCAGUGCCACGCGCGCUCCCAGAUGCCCGUCCUCAGCCGCGUGCCCCUGCUCGGCACCCCCAGCUGCUUCCUCGUCAGCUUCUUCCGCGCCGCGCUCGACUCGCUGCGCUCGCGCGCCGUCAUGGGCGUCGUCCUGGCGUACGUCGGCGCGCUGGCCACGGUGUGCACCGUGGAGGCGGCGCGGCGGUGCAACCAGCCCAGCGGCUUCAUCGCCAGGCCGACCGUCUGGUGGCUGCUGUUCAACUUGCUCGGGGGAGCGGUGGUGUGGCAGCUGGUGAUUGUGCCGGCGUUCCUGCACCGGGCCAAGGCGCUGGUAGCGGCGGAGGGGGAACAGCAGGGAAACGACGACGGCGAUGGCUGUUGGACGGCGGAGGAGAAGCUUGAGGAGCGGACGCUGUCGGAUUCCGAGGCCGUGGCCAUCCCCAUCGCCGUCGCGGUUGGCUAUUUCCUGCCGUCGGCGCUCAUGCUGGCGUUCCACUCGCCGGCCACCAUCGGCGUCUGGCUGUUCUUCCCCGUCUACAUCUCCGUCGUGCGCCAGGCCGUGCGCCAUCUGAUCGAGAGGAUCCGAAGCGUCAGCCCCGCGAGCAUCCACCACGAGUCGCACUGGCAGUGCGUCGUCCUCGUCCACGCCCUGCCCGUCGCGCUGUCCGUCGCGGCGCACGUCUUUGUGCUGUGGAACCUGGCCCGGCGCGACGACGACCGCAAGGAGAUGACGAGGCUGACGGUGAGCUUCAUCGAGAUCGACUUUCAGUUCAUCGUCUGGACGGUCCUGUACUGGGUGUUUGUGGAGGCCGGGUGGAGGGUGCCGCUGGGCAUGGUUGCGGUCUCGGUGGUUGCUGGGCCCGGGGCCGGCGUCUGUCUGGGGUGGUUGCUGAGGGAGAGGUUGCUGGUGAAGCAUGGGUUUGCGGGAUGGAGGGCUCGUGGUGAUGAUGAGGAGGAGGAGGAUGGGCGUGUGGGUGAGGAGAGGCCGUUGUUGGGGUGA